UCGCGUGGACUGCAUUAUGAAUCGCCUUAAAAUAGAUUUGACGUAUAGCUACUAUUCUGGGUAUAGCUGUACAAAAACGAGCUGGUCAAAACUGUCAGAGCCAUGUCGGGGGAAGAAAGGACAGCUCAGUCUGCGGUGCCAAAGGGAAAGCUUGCGAAAAUGAAGAGCUUCACCGAGGCCUUAAAGGACAAAUACUGCGAUGUAGGAGACAUCGACAACAACAUCAACAUCGUGAUAUUUGGUAAACCCUCGAGGAAGCGAGAGGACUCGGAGUCGAGUGAAGGGGAACCGGAGCUGGGGCAUCUGAGGACAGUGGUUCUGAACAAGAUGAAAAUCAGCCAUGCUGGUUUACCUAGCUCUGGCCUGGCUUCAUUAUGUCCCAACAUUUCUGACCUUGACCUGCAGGGCAACAGCUUGACUUCCUGGAGGGAAACACUGACCAUUCUCUCUCACCUCCCCUGUCUCAAAUUUGUUAACCUGAGCUCAAACAAAUUCAUCCAUGACCAGGAAACAUUAGCAGCUUGGAACCAUCCUUUGAAAUCUGUUGAAGACUUGGUGCUAAACCGCACAGAAAUGACAUGGGAAGAAGUUCUCUCCCUUGCACAGCUAACCCCCAAUCUUAAAGAACUGCACAUCUGUGAUAAUGGGUACCAGACAAUCAGUGAUGGCAACCUUCAAGCUUUGGAAAGUAUUGAAACACUUCGUUUGAACAACAACAACAUUCAAGAAUGGGCUGAGUUCUGGAAAUUACGUCAUCUUCCUCAGCUACAGAGCCUUAUCCUGUCUGGGAACCCAGUUGAAGUAGUUUUCUACGACCAGUCAUCAGAUAGCACACUUCCAUCAGACUCUCCUAAAGAAAGUACGUGUGACUUAACAAAUGAAAAAUCUGUUAGCGUCUGUGCUUCUGUUUUGGAUGAUAUUGUCUCGAGUGUGAAUUCAUUUUCACAAAAUUGCAUAGAUGAUUGUUCUAGAUUGGAAAUAAACCAAAUCUCUGCGUCUAAUUCAGUGUGUAAUGACCAAGUACAAACUUAUGGUGAUCAAGAUGAUCCAGAAUACAGCUCUGGACAGAUUCGUAACGAGGCUCAAGAUGGUUUAUAUCAGCUGCCAAACUACAAUACUCAGGACUGUGCCAUCGGCAAAAACUGUGAUAGGCUCACACAAAAAGCCAUGACUUGUGAUACUGAGGCUCCACACAGUGUAAGCCAGGUAGCAGAAAACAAUAUUCCACAAUCUCCUGUCGGAGAAAACAGUGAUAAACCCACACAGAAAGCAACAACCUGUGAUAUUGAGGCUCCACAUGGUGUAAAUCAGCUACCAAACACCACCAUGAAUACAUCUGUUGUCAAAGAAACCUGUGAUAGGCCCACACCAGGGUCCACAAGAUGUGGUAUUAGUGACACUACUUCUCUGAGCGCUGUUCGGAUCACAGUGCUCAACUCGGGGAAUUCAACGCAAGAAAAUUUUUCAUUCAAUAAAAACGCCCACCUUGGAAGCAAUCCCAAUGCAUCUCAGGAAGUAAAACAUUUCGUCCAAAACAACUGUGAUAGUGGGACAGUGCUGUCUGGAAGCACUGCUGAUGGACAAUCAAGUUGUAGAGCAGAGCUGGAGAUGGGAGGUAACAGAGAUUCUGCGAAACCAUUCAGGAACUUGUCCAUGCUGUGUUUGAGUCAGACGAGGCUGUCGGAUUGGGAACACCUCAGUGCAAUCAACUCCUUCCCCAGUAUAAAAUCUCUUAGAAUCACGGGCAUUUCAUUGGCUGAUGACUUACCACAGGAUGACAGAAGGAAGCUGUUCUUGGCAUGCUUACCCUCAGUUAAAGUGUUGAAUGGUGGGGAGGUGUCACAGACGGAGAGAGAAAAGGCUGAACGUCAUUUCCUUCGGCACUUCUUACAGAAAGAGGAAAAGCCAGAGAGGUACCUCGAGUUGGAACAGAAGCACGGUAAGCUCACACCGUUGGUUGAGAUAGAUUUAACACGAGGCUUCCAAGAGUGGGUCACAGUCAAGUUUGUCUACAAUGGCACUGAAGUUCUUGAGGAUAAAAUCCGGGUCAUGGAAAAUGUUGGAAAACUGAAAACCUUCAUCAGACAAAAACUCUGCAAAAAGUUGGGAAUAACGAGGUUUAAAAUGUGGCACCUGGCAUGUGGACCGUUUCAUUCAUCACCAGGGGUGGAAUUAGAGGAACUCUUUCUGGACUCUUUACCUUUGAGUCGUUUUGAUGUGCAAGAAGCAGACGAAAUCCACAUUGAGCAAGUUGAAGGGUUCAAACCUGGCUUGCAGCUAGGACUGGGCAAUGGAACAACAUAUCGCUGGUAAUAGGAACAUUAUGAUCAGAAGUACAAGAUGGACAUGUAACAGGAGCAAGAGAAAUACCUGAGAGUGGUGUGGCAAACUAAGCAUUCCAACAGUUUAAAUACUGGACCACAGCUACAUGCAGAAGUGGAUGGAGGAAGGACAUACCGGUGUUAAGAGAAACGUCAAUGGAGCAAGAGAAAUACCUGAGAGUGGUGUGGCAAACUAAGCAUUCCAACAGUUUAAAUACUGGACCACAACUACAUGUAGGAAUGGAUGGAGGAAGGACAUACUGGUGUUAAGAGGAACAUCGAAGGAGCAAGAGAGAUACCUGAAGGUGGUGGGGCAAACUAAGCAUUCCAACAGUUUAAAUACUGGACCACAACUACAUGUAGGAAUGGAUGGAGGAAGGACAUACCGGUGUUAAGAGGAACAUCGAAGGAGCAAGAGAGAUACCUGAAGGUGGUGGGGCAAACUAAGCAUUCCAACAAUUUAUAUACUGGACUACAGCUUGAUGUACUUGUAGGAUUUGGUACAAGAGAAACAUCACUGGUAAUGAGACUCCACAACCAAAGGAACAAGGUAAAUACCUGAAGAUGGUGUGGCAGACUACAUUGUAAAUGUUCCAACAAUCUAAAUCCAGGUCCAGCUUAAAAUGCAGGAAUGGGUGCUGGAGAAACGUAGUCUGCUGGUAAUUAAAGGUGAACCGUAAUGGUUUCAGUGUUGACAUAAGAUGAAUGAACGUGGAAGGGCCACUUUGACGCCAAUUUGAUGCCUCAAAUUCCCAGGGAAGUUGUGACGUUUUGCAUUAUGGUGAGAGAAAGACCCUGAGGUAAACCAAAGAUCAUCCGCAGAUUGCUGACAGGCCUUUUCAUAUGACUCAGAGCGACCGCAUCGGUGAGAGGCUCUCGAGCACAGCGCUGGCCGUUUUCAUUGCGCGUAUAGGAUAUAAGUAGACAUGUGAUGGUUAUAAACAGACGUGGUAUCAUGCAUUGUUUGAUUCUUCAGCUUCAAGGUUAUACUAUAUAUAUGUCAGUAGUGUUAA